AUUGGUACCUUCACACUCACCCAGCACUAGAUUGAUAGCGGGUAAGGUCUGAAAUGCUGCUAUUUGACACUUUUACACACAAAGCACAGUGCAGCUGCCUUCACUUCACAAGUAAGAACUGUGGUAGCUGUAGCCGGUGGUGUGUGUCUGUCUGUAUGCCGCACGUGUUCCCCGCUGUAUUCAUCCCAUCUGAGCAGAAGAUAGAAUGCAACACCCCCUUUGCAGGCACACAAAAUACAAAUGUCAUUGAUGUUUUUCUUCAGGGUGGACAUCGGACUAUUGAGGCUUUGGCUAAACACUUUUUGUUAGACUAGGUGGAGACAGAGUCCUGGAUAGAUUUAUAUGGGAUAGCCUGUAGAGAAUUCCUACUGUAAGGGAAGGAUCGCUGACGGAUUGUUAAACCCUCGGUCCACUUAUGUUUCCGACGGGAUCUAGUCUACUCGCCGCAGAACGCGCUUUCACGUUGGAAGGUAAGUUUGUGUGAAUGUCUUGCCAGUCAGAUCACGAACUUGCAGGUUACAGCAACAAUUGAUUGCACCAAGAUGACACCAGCGCAUAACCGAAUAACACUGUCUUCGUAAAUUAUUCGCAAUGCAAAUAGUGUAUCGUACAUUUGUCAAGUUUUCUAGAAGAGACUGCGGAGAACACAAGCAAGCUAAUAAAUGUUAUUUUCAGUGAUUCGUUUUGGGUGAUUCUGGUGAAUUAUAAAACGAUAAAGGGUAUGCAUGUAGACUACUAGUUAAAAAAAAAAAAUUAUAUAUAUAUAUGUGUCACUAACAAACAUUGCCGCAUCUCCGCGUGGGCCAUUGGGCCAUAGCCUAUAAGGCAAUUUUUUCUUUCUUUAUAGAGUGAGCUGUUUGGGAACUGUUCCGUACUCAUUACAAACACGGUAAAUAAAGGACCUUGAAUGACAACUCCAUGGACAACUCCUCCGUUCACCCGGAGACUUCGUGCAAUUAUUUUGAUCCGCCGCUGACCACGUUUUAGCCUACUUCUCUGUUUACAUUGUGUCAUAGGUAGUCUAUGAAUUACAGUGUAGGCCAGGGCUCUUCGACCCUGUUCCUGGAGAGCUACCGUCCUGUAGGUUUUCGCUCCAACCCGAAUCUAGCACGCUUGAAUCAGGUUAGUUCAGCGUUUUUCAAACUCUGGGCUGGAGACCCCAAGGGGUGCACGUUUGGGGUUUUGCCCAAGUACUACACAGUUGAUUCAAAUAAUAAAAGCUUGAUGAUUAUUUGAAUCAGCUUAGUAGUGCUACGGCAAAACAAAAUGCGCACCGAGUUUGGGAAACGUUGGGUUAGUUAAGUCUGGGGUUGGAUUGAAAACCUAUAGGAGGGUAACUCUUCAGGGACAGGGUUGGAGAGCCCUGCCCUACACUGUAAUUCAUUAAACUGAACUGGAUUCCUUUACUUUACCAGAAUUGCAAUCCAGUGCAUGCACCUUUUAUGGAAUUAAAAUUCUAGGAAAUUGUGCAACCCGUAGGCGCGCUAUGUUACCCGUUGCACACAACCCACAAACUAAGAGUGCAUUCAGAAAGUGUUCAGACCGCUUUCCUUUUUUAUUUAUUUUAUUUUAUUUUUAAUGUAUUUUUUUACAUUACAGCCUUAUUCUAAAUAGAUUCAAUUAUUUUAUUCCCUCAAUAUACACACAAUACCCCAUAACGACAGCGAAAACAGGUUUUUAGAAAUUUUAGCAAAUGUAUUUGUUUAUAUUUUGAAUAUGUUAUUUACGGAACUAUUCAGAUCCAUUGCAAUGAGACUCGACAUUGUGCUCAUGUAACAGUAUAACUUUAGUCCUCGCCCCGACCCGGGCGCGAACCAGGGACCCUCUGCACACAUCAACAACAGUCACCCACGAAGCAUCGUUACCCAUCGCUCCACAAAAGCCGCGGCCCUUGCAGAGCAAGGGGAACCACUACUUCAAGGUCUCAGAGCAAGUGACGUCACCGAUUGAAAGGCUAUUAGCGCGCACCACCGCUAACUAGUUAGCCAUUUCACAUCUGUUACACUCAGGUGCAUCCUGUUUACACUGAUAAUCCUUUAGACGUGUCUACAUGAUUGGAGUCCACCUGUGGUAAUUUCAAAUGAUUGGACAUGAUUUAGAAAGGCACACACCUAUCUAUAUAAGGUUCCACUGUUGACAGUGCAUGUCAGAGCAAAAACCAAGCCAUGAGGUUGAAGGAAUUGUCCGUAGAGAUCCAAGACAGGAUUGUGUCGAGGUACAGAUCAGAGGAAGGGUACCAAAAAUAUUUCUGCAGCAUUGAAAGUCCCCAAGACAAGUCCCCCAUAAUUCUUAAAUGGAAGAAGUUUGGAACCACCAAGACUCUUCCUAGAGCUGGCCGCUGGGUCAAACUGAGCAAUCGGGGGAGAAGGGCCUUGGUCAGGGAGGUGACCAAAAACCCAAUGGUCACUCUGACAGAGCUCCAGAGUUCCUCUGUGGAGAUGAGCACUUUCCAGAAGGACAACCAUCUCUGCAGCACUCCAACAAUCAGGCCUGGUCUUAUGAAACCAAGAUUAAGCUAUUUGGCCUGAAUGUCAGGCGUCACGUCUGGAGGAAACCUGGCACCAUCCCUACAGUGAAGCGUGGUGGUGGCAGCAUCAUGUUGUGUGGAUGUUUUUUAGUGGCAGGGUCUGGGAGACUAGUCAGGAUCGAAGGAAAGAUGAAUGGAGCAAACUACAGAAAGAUCCUUGAUGGAAAACCUGCUCAGGAACUCAGACUGGGGCGAAGGUUCACCAUCCAACAUGCGACCCUAAGAAUACAGCCAAGACAACGCAGGAGUGACUUUGGGACACGUCUUUGAGUGGCCCAGCCAGAGCUCGGACUUGAACCCGAUCGAACAUCUCUGGAGGGACCUGAAAAUAGCUGUGCAGCGACGCUCCCCAUCCAACCUGACAGAGCUUGAGUGGAUCUGCAGAGAAGAAUGGGAGAAACUUCCCAAAUAUGGGUGUGCAAAGCUUGUAGUGUCAUACCCAAGAAGACUCGAGGCUGUAAUCGUUGCCAAAGGUGCUUCAAUAAAGUUCUGGGUCUGAAUACUUACACUACAGUUGAAAAGUUUGGGGUCAAUUAGAUAUUUCCUUGUUUUUUAAAGAAAAGCAAAAAAAUAUAUAUAUAUUAAAAUAACAUCAAAUUGAUAAGAAGUACAGUGUAGACAUUGUUAAUUUUUAUGGAAUAUCUACAUAGGUGUGCAGAGGCCCAUUAUCAGCAACCAUCACUCCUGUGUUCCUAUGGCAUGUUGUGUUAGCUGAUCCAAGUUGAUCAUUUUAAAAGGCGAAUUGAUCAUUAGAAAGCCCUUUUGCAAUUAUGUUAACACGGCUGAAAACUGUUGUGCUCAUUAAAGAAGAAAUAAACUGGCCUUCUUUAGACUAGUUGAGUAUCUGGAGCAUCAGCGUUUGUGGGUUUGAUUACAGGCCUAAAAUGUCCAGAAACAAAGAUCUUUCUUUUGAAACUCAUCAGUCUAUUCUUGUUCUGAGAAAUGAAGGCUUUUCCAUGUGAGAAAUUGCUAAGAAACUGAAGAUCUCGUACAACGCUGUGUACUACUCCCUUCACAGUACAGCGCAAACUGGCUCUCACCAGAAAAAGGAGGGGGAGGCCCCGGUGCACAACUGAGCAAGUGGACAAGUACAUUAGAGCGUCUAGUUUGAGAAACAGAAGCCUCACAAGUCCUCAACUGGCAGCUUCAUUAAAGCGUGCCUGCAAUUCCCAUCCAACCUGACAGCUUGAGAGGAUCAACAAAUACAGGUGUGCCAAGCUUGUAGCGUCGUAACCAACAAGACUCGAUGCUGUAAUCGCUGCCAAAGGGGCAGAGUAAGUAAAGGGUCUGAAUACUUAUGUAGAUGUGAUAUUUCAUUUUUAUGUUUUAUAAUUGAGCAAACAUUUCUAAACCUGUUAUUGUGUGUAGAUUGAUUGGGGGGGACAAUUUAAUCAAUUUUAAAAUAAGGCUGUAACGUAACAAAAUGUGGAAAAAGUCAAGGGGUCUGAAUACUUUCCCGAAUGCACUGUAUAUUGCUUUCAUGGGAAGUUAGGAUAGCCUAUCAGUCGACAACUUAACGUUUAUGUUUUAAAAUGAGUGUUAUCUGGCCUGAUUGAUUACUUCCUUCCCAUUGUCAUCUCUUGUAACCAAUAUGUGAUACCGUUGUGUUAGGUGACGUUGUAACCGUUCAGAUUUAUAGGCUAUAGCCCCCAGUUCCCACUGCAUUUUUUUCAUUGUUCCCCUCUAAUCAGGGACUGAAAAGUGCGGUAAGAGCUGGCAGACGCAACACCUGUGAAAAAGCCAUGCGAAAAUGUGAUUAACAUGACAUGGCAGGACUAUAGCCUAACAACUGACUAUAAUGAUUUCUGUCAAACCUACUGAAAUUCAUAUUUUACAACUUCAUAUUCUUUACAUGGAAUCCGACCUCCAACAAAACUGUCAUUGGACUUUAGGGGAAAAUAAUAUAAAAAUAAAAAAAGUUUACAUUGUAUUUUAGUGUUGAGAGGUGGGACUGAUUGUCACUUCACAUUCUCACUUCAUUGAUUUAGAUUCUUGUCAAGAUGGAGCUAUAGUCCCUUUCAAAGUGGCCAAUCUAUACUGAACAAAAAUAUAACGCAAAUAAAUUCAUUAUGCCCUAAUCUAUGGAUUUCACCUGACUGGGAAUGCAUACAGUAUAUGCAUCUGUUGGUCACAGAUGCCUUUAAAAAACAAACAGGCAUGGAUCAGAAAACCAGUCCGUAUCUGGUAUGAUAUGACCACCAUUUGCCUCAUGCAGCGCGAUACAUCUCCAUUGCAUAGAGUUCAUUGUGGAAUGUUGUCCCACUCUUCUUCAAUGGCUGUGCGAAGUGGCUGGAUAUUGGCAGAAACUGGAACAUGCUGUCGUACACGCCAGUCAAGAGCAUCCCAUACAUGCUCAAUGGGUGACAUGUCUGGUGAGUAUGCAGGCCAUGGAAGAACUGGGACAUUUUCAGCUUCCAGGAAAUGUGUACAGAUCCUUUCGGGAAUGAGGGGCCGUGCAUUAUCAUCUACUUCCGGAGCCGACCGAGAUGGCCGCCUCGCUUCGCACAAGCAUUUCGCUACACUCGCAUUAACAUCUGCUAACCAUGUGUAUGUGACAAAUACAAUUUGAUUUGAUUUUAUCAUGCCAUAAUAUGAGGCGAUGGAGGCGGAUAAAUGGCACAACAAUGGGCCUCAGGAUCUUGUCACGGUAUCUCCGUGCAUUCAAAUUGUGACGACCCUCCCACUCUGUCUGCUGUAUUCUUUCUCUUUGCUCUUGUUUUACUUAUUAGGAUGUUCGGCGGGAGGAGCUGGGUGAGUCGUCAGCGAGAUGGGGACACACCUGGGCUCGGGUGUGUCCCGGGAUAAAUACACCUCUUCCCCAUUCAUUGAGGAGACUCUCUCCAUGCAGACACACUGUUAUAUUUUGGUUAUGGCAUUUUUGUGGCUGUUUACUUUGGCACCUUUCAACACCCAUCAUAAUCACAUUUUAUGCAUGCAACCAGUCACUUACACUACUGAUUACAGACUACACACACCAUUGUCAAUUGUAUUCACGUUACCUCAGAUAAUAAAUAUGUUUUUGUUAUUCCUUAUCUCCACGUUGUCUCCCUUUUUGUUACGGACUUGGAGCCGGUUCGUGACAAGUGGGGGCUCAUCCGGGAUCUUGCAGGUAUGGUGUUUGGGAGAAAACGUGGAGUUAAUGUUUAUCUCUGUUGGUGCUUUGUUUGCAUCUUUUGUUACAGCUUUUUUGAGUUGUAACGUUUGGUGCUCAGUACUGGUUGCCUUUGUUUGUUUGGUAAACUUGACAUUGCGGUGGAUAGUUGGUUGUGUGCUGCAUUGGAGAGAGUAUAUUGGUUAGUUUCCAGGCCCCUUCCCAGGCUGGAGACUCUUGCUCUACUCGCUGUUGGGACAGUGGUCAGAGGAAGUGAGUACAAUCGGCUGUGUACCUCAGUGGGAGAUUUGGGUAGGGUAGUGACACUUGCUACCUGAAGCUAUAGCCUUUCUCUUUCCCCUGUUAGGCUUAGCAACGGAAUACGUUGGGCAUGGUUUCACUAUGGAAUACGUUGGGCAUGGUUUCACUAUGGAAUACGUUGGGCAUGGUUAUUUUGUUUGUUAUUUUUGUGUGGUGUCCGUGAACUGAGCAGUUGUCUCGGGGGCACAUUCGUGGCUUGGAGGGAAUCUGCCAGCGUGCUGUUUUUUUUAUUUAUUUUUUUAACCUUGCCAGCGGGCUACAGUGCGUAAUUACUCACCACAAAUCCGCACGAAGACUAGGGUUGAGUUAUUGUGGGGUUUGGGCAAUCUCCAUAUAUAUCUCAUCUCUCUUCUGUGGUGCCCAGUGUGAUUGGCAUUUCUCUUGUUGUGGUCCGGUCUGGUGUGCUCAGUGGAGGGGAAGAGCGAGAUGUUUUUUGUUUUUGUUGUAUUUACUUGUGACUAUGGCGUCUAAUGUAGACAAGUUCAUUCGCUUUCCAUCAGAGGAACUGUUUGAAUUAUGUACUAAAGAACAGCUGUUGAAGAUCGCUGAACACUACAAGAUUGAAAUUAGUGAUAAAUGUCAAAAUAAUUCUGUUAUGUUGAUAUUGAAAGCCAAUCUGAUUGAGAGUGGUAUUCUUGAAGUUAACACUGGGGCAGCCUCUGCCGAGGACUCGCCACCUCCCCAGCCGUCUCCCCGUUUCGUUACAAUGGCCGCCCCAUCUGUUAGACUUAGUGGUCUGUCUUUUGAACAACAGAAGGAACUGCUUCUGUUACAACUAGAGCAUGGUCAUGUAAAGUGUGAAAAGGAAUUGGCAUUUACACAGGAUUUGGAGCAUGCAAAAAUCAAGUUGCAACAAGAGCGGCUACAGUUGGUUAGGGAAGGAAAGCUCUCAGGUGAGAGUUUCCUCUGGGAAGGUGACCCAGAUUUACCUAGGGGUUGCUCCUCUCUCGGUCAUGCCCCUGACUCAUUUGAUAUUGUUGGAAACUUAAGGUUGUUGCCAAAAUUUAAUGAGAAGGACCCUGAGACGUUCUUUUCGUUGGAGCUUAUUGCUGACGUUCUCUCUCGUGCGCCCUGUUUCUGAAUGUCUACGUGCCUGACCAUUGUUUAUUUUGUUUGGUAUUGUUCUGUUCUGUCGCUCCUGUCCGCUCCUUCUGGUCUCGUUUUCUUCUUUCCUCUUAAAGGUUGCUUCCUGUGCGCAAAGGUUGCUGAAGUCUGUGGAGGACGAGGUUGGCUGGGGCAAGUGGAAGUGUGAACACAUGGAUUUGGGACGCUGGUUGGGUCAAUUUGGGAUGCAGGCUGGGUCUUCUGCUAGUAUCCAUCCAGGGCAGUAUUUUGUUUGUGUGACGACUCUCCCACUCUGUCUGCCGUAUUCUUUCUCUUUGCUCUUGUUUUCCUUAUUAGGAUGUCGGCGGGCGGAGCUGGGAGGGUUGUCAGCGACAUGGGACACCUGGGCCCGGGUGUGUCCCGGGAUAAAUUCACCUCUUCCCCAUUCAUUGAGGAGACUCUCUCCAUGCAUGGCAUUUUUGUGGCCGUUUUGUUUGUUUGCUUUUGCACCUUUCAACACCCAUCAUUAUCACAUUUGUGCACGCAACCACUCACUUACACCUACAGAUUACUGACUACACACACCAUUGUUAAUUGUAUUUACGUUACCUCAGUUAAUAAACAUAUUUUUGUUAUUCCUUAUCUCCACGUUGUCUCCCUUUUUGUUACGGACUGUGAGCCGGUUUGUGACAAAAUAUAAAAUGCAAUUGUGCUCGUUGUCUGUAGCUGAUGCCUGCCCAUACCAUAACCCCACUGACACCAUGGGGCACUCUGUUCUCAAUGUUAACAUCAGUAAACCGCUCGCCCGACACAAUGCCAUACACGCUGUCUACCAGCUGCCCGGUAAAGUCGAAACCGGGAUUCAUCUGUGAAGAGCACUUAUCCAGUGUGCCAGUGGCCAUCGAAGUUGAGCAUUUGUCCACUGAAGUCGGCUAUGACGCCAAACUGCAGUCAGGUCAAGACCCUGGUGAAGACCAAGAGCACGCAGAUGAGCUUUCCAGAGACUUUUUCUGACAGUUUGUGUUCUUCUGUUGUGCAAACCCACAGUUUCAUCAGCUGUCCAGAUGGCUGGUCUCAGACGAUCCCACAGGUGAAGAAGACAGAUGUGGAGGUCCUAGGCUGGCGUGGUUACUUGAGAGUGCAGCCUACCAUCCCAUGCCUUCCCCAACCCAAGGCCCCUAUGAGAGAGACCUUUAAAGAGGAGGGGAUUUGACCAAACAAUCCAGCUCUGUAAGUCAGGAUGGAGGGUGGACAGGGAGCAGGGUCGUGCUCCAGCCAGGCUGUGGAGGCUGAGUACCCCACCCAGGGGACAACUUCUCCAGCCAGCGGAGGAGGGGAUGCAGGGCUGAGCUCUUGCAAGCACAACGGACUGAUCAAUACACGCAGCUUGAUGGUGGAGACUGAAGGGCUGGUGUCGGUGUACUCGGCCCCCAAAUACCAGGGUCACAUGGUGGUCAACCUAUCCCCCCAGCAGGAGCAGAAUGGCCGGGGAGUGGGUGGAGGAGGGGGACACCCACAGCUGCUCAACCCCAGCGCUCUACCCCAGGGCAUGGACCCAUGCUUCAGGCCCGACCUGAUCCUGUACUCUGAGAACACGCUGCGGGCCUGGGGCGAUGGAGGAGUCGGGGAUUGCUGUGAGACCACCUUCAUAGAGGACUUGGCAUCCGGUUCCUCUGCCGGCUCCAAGGAUACGCUGAUGUUUGCCGAUGGCAAGUUCCUGGACAUGUCUGUGGAGGAUGCAAAGAUCCAGACCCUGUCCUAUGAUGAUGAUGAGUUCCAGGACCUGGAGAGCGAGUACUCGAGCGACUCAGAGAGUGAAGACAACUUUCUCAUGAUGCCACCGAGGGACCACUUGGGCCUGAGCGUCUUCUCCAUGCUGUGUUGCUUCUGGCCCUUGGGGAUCGCUGCCUUCUACCUGUCCCAUGAGACGAACAAGGCGGUGUCUAAGGGGGACUUACACUUGGCCAGCUCCAGCUCCAGACGUGCCCUCUUCCUGGCUGUGCUGUCAAUCACCAUCGGCACAGGCAUAUAUGUGGGCGUGGCUGUCGCGCUAAUCGCAUACCUCUCCAAGAACCACCACUUGUAGCCUUGCCCUGCCCCCACUGCACUGUACUGACUGCACUGGGGGUAUGGUUCACUUGGGAGCAAUUGAACAAUGGAAUAUGGGCCUGCAAACUAUGGGACUAUCAGGAUGGACAGAACCUGGCCAUAUGGUUGACACAAUUCGUGAGCUCUAACAUGAGGUUCCUGAUAUGGAUAAUGGUAUUUUAACGGUCAAGUUAUUCUCUCAUUUUGACCAAGAAAAACUGGAGACUCUUAGUCGUUCCAUACACGACUGAUUGUCACGAUCGUGUGGCGGAUUAACGGACCAAAAUGCAGCAGUUGGAAAAUAUGCCAUCUUCUUUUAUUUUUAACACGAAGAUGAACACGACACAAAAACACUUUAACAAAACAACAAAAUAACAAAACGACCGUGAAGCUACAAACGUUGUGCACAAACAUACAGGCUACUAACGUUCUUACAUAGACAAUUACCCACAACCAAUGAGAGCCUAUGGCUACCCUAAAUAAGGCUCCCAAUCAGAGACAACCGAAAUCAGCUGUCUCUAAUUGGGAACUCAUUCAGGUAACCAUAGACUCUCCUAGAUAACUAACCAACAUAGACAACACUAGACAUAUACACUCAACACAAAACCAUCUACUACACCCCAUAACCCCUUUACCAAAUAAACACCCAAAACCAACAAAACAUAAACAUUACCCAUGUCACACCCUGACCUAACUAAAAUAAUAAAGAAAACAAAGAAUAAUAAGGCCAGGGCGUGACACUGAUUUUCUUAUUUAGAUGUUUAAAAUUGGUUUGAGUUUUACCAACGAAAAACACAGCCUGUGAGAGGUCAAACCAACAUGCACUAAAUAUUACCUGUACCAAGAGCAUACUGUACGUUUACGGGGCAUGUUCAAUGCUCAGUUAACGGUGAGUUGUGGAUGUCCAGCUACAUUCACCACACUAUCAGUCACAUUUGGCAGCUCCUGUCGGGGAUAAAAGGGCUGCUAAAGAUGUCACUCGUCCAUACAUUCAACCUGUAUACAUUUAUUCUACGUCACAUUGAAUUGAUCCGUGGCUGUCACAUAGUGCAGCUCAACUGGAUCAUUUCUCGGGUGAAUACUACAAGUCCUAUAAAGUAAUGUGAUGGUUUAUAUACAGUGCCUACAGAAAGUAUUCACACCGCUUGAUUACAGCCUGAAUUUAAAAGGGAUUAAAUUGAGGUUUUCAUUAUCACUGGACUACACACAAUAACCCAUAAUGUCAAAGUGGAAUUAUGUUUUUGGAAAUUUUAACAAAUUCAUAAAAAAAUUCAAAGCUGAAAUGUCUUCAGUCAAUAAGCAUUCUACCCUUUUUUGUCAUGGCAAGCCUAAAUAAGUUAAGGAGUAAAAAUGUGCUCCAAUAAUACGUUUCAUGGACCGUGUGCAAUAAUAGUGUUUAGCAUGAUUUUUUAUGACUACCUCAUCUCUGUACACCACACUUAAAAUUAUCUGUGAGGGGGGGGCAGCAGACAUUGAAUAUCCCUUUGAGCAUGCUGAAGUUAUUAAUUACACUCUGGAUGGUGUAUCAAUACACCCAGUCACUACAAAGAUACAGGCCACCUUCCCCACGCUUGUGGGGUAUUGUGUGUACAUGGGUGAGAAAGAAAAUCUAUUGAAUCCAUUUUGAUUUCAGGCUGUGUAACAACAAAAUGUGGAAUAAGCCGAGGGGCAUGAAUACUUUCUGAAGGCACUGUACAUUAAAGUGCCACUGCACUCCAAUACAGUAUCUUGGUGGCCCUAUUAUCUCAAGGGAGAACUGAUGUCUCCUCGCAGCACAAUGUCUUUUAACACAAGCUUCACACCUGAAAUGUGGAGCUUUUGUUGUAACCCUACGACGGCAUGCUUUUGUGUUCCGUCAGGGAUAGAACGUGCACAGGCUGCAGCUCCCCAACAGAACCAGCAUACACAGAGAUACAGUACCUCAAUGUUGAUAGGCACAAAUAAUGGGGGGGGGGGGGGGGGGGGGGGGGGGCAGAUGAGUCCUUGGAGGCAGAAGCCAUGCUGUAAAUACCUCUAUGCUUUUUGUUUAUAAACAUACUGGAAUUGAUGUGAUCAUUUUUUUUUUGCAAUCUUUUUUUUCUCCUGCUGUAUACUGCUACUAUGUCAACUGUCAAUGUUUUGGAGACUCAUUGGAGAGUCAGUGUUUGAGAUACAAGUGCUUGCAAAUGAAAUGUAGUGUUAUGUCUGACGUGCCUGUGGUUUCACAAUCUGACUUUGGUUGGUUCAGCUGCAACGUUAUUAAAAUGAUUGUAUUUUUUCUUCAUGCACAAUAGCUUUGCUUAUUACAACAUAUACAGUAUUACCACAUUAAAUAAUCUGGUCAAAAUGUUUUACAGGUUAGGCUAUUUUGUUGCAUAUGCUGUACAUUAUAAAAUAUGUAAAAAAAUAUAUAUAAUAUGCACAACGUAAAGGCUUCUAAAAAAACAAAUAUUACUUGAACACACAAAAAAUGAUUAAGUGUUUAUUGAAAUCAGCACAGACCUAAAUGAUGGACACUGCUCAAGCAUCAGGUUUCCCCACUCACUCCUUCCCUAUCCUCACCUCCACUGCACAUACUAGUACAACUCUAUUACAUUCAGCCUUUCCCCAAGAAUGACUAAUGACCUGCACGCACUGCAUAUUUCAUGGCAGCAGAAACCUCUCGCUGCCUGUCAAAUAUUAGCUUGCCAAGCGCCCAGACGAUUCAUCCAUUUUACAUGACAUUGAGGGCGCCGUAGUAGUUAGCGCGGCUCUAAGUGCAUGCCAAGACUUCCAUGUCAGAUAGGUGGGUUGGGAGAGGGUGGGAUUUAGUUGUAUCAUAUCUAUAUGUGACAUGAGAGAGACUCAGUGAUAAAGGCCUAUUGUAUUGUAGGUUGUAGGUUUUUAAGUGCUGAAUGCCUUUCAUGCCUUUUCUAUGAAUCCUCAGUGGGUCUGAUCCAGGUGCUUUACACUGUGUGUCCUGGGCUAACCACUGGGAGAAUAGACACACCUGCUCAGUGAAUCCCGGGGACCAGGCUGAUUCAUACCAAUAGGCUAUAAGACUCUGAGUCACAGGGGCUGGAAACCCAGCAGAGGCAAUUACAACAGCUAGGCUGUAAAUGCAAGGAUUUUGAUGGUAAAGAAGAUAUCUACCACCUAACGUUUAUGGCUAUAGACAGGGUUGGGGAGUAACUGAUUACAUGUAAUCUGAUUACAAAAAAAACGAAUUUACAUUAGCAGCAAAUGUUUUACAAAUCAGAUUACAGAUACUUUUGAAAAACUACACUAAACAUAAAUAUAAACACAUGUAAAGUCCCAUGUUUCAUGAGCUGAAAUAAAAGAACCCAGAAGCACAAAAAGCUUAUUUCUCUCAAAUUUUAUGCACACAUUUGUUUACAUCCCUCUUAGUGAGCGUUUCUCCUUUGCCAAGAUAAUCCAUCCACCUGACAAGUGUGGCAUAUCAAGAAGCUGAUUAAACAGCAUGAUCAUUACACAAGUGCACCUUGUGAUGGGGACAAUAAAAGGCCACUCUAAAAUGUGCAGUUUUGUCACACAACGCCACAGAUUUCUCAAGUUUUGAGGGAGCGUGCAAUUGGCUGUUCAUUUCUCUACCAUAAGCCACCUCCAGCGUUGUUUUAGAGAAUUUGGCAGUACGUCCAACCGGCCUCCAAACUGCAGACGCGUCAUGUGGGCGAGCGGUUUGCUGAUGUCAAUGUUGUGAACAGAGUGCCCAGUGGUGGCAGUGGGGUUUUGGUACGAGCAGGCAUAAAUUACGAACAAUUAACACAAUUGCAUUUUAUUGAUGGCUAUUUGAAUGCACUGUGACGAGAUCCGUGAGAUACCUUGACGAGAUCCUGAGGCCCAUUGUCGUGCCAUUCAUUCGCCACCAUCACCUCAUGUUUCAGCACAGCCCCAUGUCGCAAGGAUCUAUCUGUACACAAUUCCUGGAAAUUGAAAAUGUCCCAGUUAUUCCAUGGCCUGCAUACUCACCAGUCAUAUCAAAUGUCACACGUCAGCAUUUUUGGGAUGCUCUGGAUCGACGUGUACGACAGCGUGUUCCAGUUCCUGACAACAUUCCACAGGCCACAUUCAACAGCCUGAUCAACUCUAUGCGAAGGAGAUGUCGGGCUGCAUGAGGCAAAUGGUGGUCACACCAGAUACUGAUCCACAUCCACUGAUUUUCUGAUCCACACCCCUACCUUUUUUAAAAAGGUAUCUGUGACCAACAGACGCAUAUCUUUAUUCCCAGUCAUGUGAAAUCCAUAGAUUAGGGUCUAAUUACUUUAUUUCAAUUGACUGAUUUCCUUAUAUGAACCCUAUCUCAAUAAAAUCUUUGAAUAUGUUGCAUGUUGAA